CCCCGCCCGUUUCCCGCCCCGAGGGCCUGGCUUGUUCCCGCCCCAGCCCGCGCCUCUCGUCUGCGACCCAGCUGCUUCUGCUGAAGGCGGAGGCUCCAUGUUGUCCCGUCAGCGAGCUGUAGCGGCUGUCUUGGGAGGAGCAGGUGAUGCCAUGGAGUGCGAAAAGCCUGGUCCAGUGCAGGUUGUUUGUGUUCACAAAGACCAACAUUCCUUUGAAUUAGAAGAGAAAGCCUUGGCCAGCGUCCUGUUGCAGGACCACAUCCGAGAUCUUGAUGUGGUGGUGCUGUCAGUGGCUGGUGCCUUCCGAAAGGGCAAGUCCUUCUUUCUGGACUUUAUGCUACGAUACUUAUAUUUUCAGAAGGAAGGUGGCCAUUCUAGUUGGUUGGGAGACCCAGAAGAACCAUUAACGGGAUUUUCAUGGCGAGGAGGCUCUGACCCGGAAACCACUGGGAUUCAAAUCUGGAGUGAAGUUUUCACUGUGGAGAAGCCAGGUGGAAAAAAGGUUGCAGUUAUUCUGAUGGAUACCCAGGGGGCAUUUGACAGCCAGUCAACCGUGAAAGAUUGUGCUACCAUCUUUGCUUUAAGCACCAUGACUAGUUCUGUUCAGAUUUACAAUUUGUCCCAGAACAUUCAGGAAGAUGAUCUUCAACAGCUGCAGCUCUUCACAGAAUAUGGUCGUCUGGCAAUGGAUGAAAUUUCCCAAAAACCAUUCCAGACAUUGAUGUUUUUGGUUCGAGACUGGAGUUUCCCUUAUGAAUACAACUAUGGCCUACAAGGAGGAAUGGCAUUUUUGGAUAAGCGUCUACAGGUGAAGGAACAUCAACAUGAGGAAAUUCAGAAUGUUCGAAAUCACAUUCACUCGUGUUUUUCCAGUGUCAACUGUUUUCUCCUACCACACCCAGGACUCCAAGUGGCCACAAGCCCUGACUUUGAUGGGAAAUUGAAAGAUAUUGCCAGUGAAUUCAAAGACCAGUUACAGACACUGAUACCAUUUGUAUUAGACCCAUCUAACUUAAUGGAAAAGGAGAUCAAUGGCUCAAAAGUCACCUGUCGGGGACUACUGGAGUACUUUAAGGCAUAUAUUAAAAUUUACCAAGGAGAAGAUCUGCCUCACCCCAAAUCCAUGCUUCAGGCCACUGCUGAAGCCAACAAUUUAGCAGCUGCAGCCUCUGCCAAGGACAUUUAUUAUAACAACAUGGAGGAGGUUUGUGGGGGAGAGAAACCUUAUUUGUGUCCAGACAUUUUAGAAGAAAAGCACGGUGAAUUCAAACAACUUGCUCUGGACCAUUUUAAAAAGACCAAGAAGAUGGGUGGGAAAGAUUUCAGCCUUCGUUACCAGGAGGAGCUAGAAGAGGAAAUCAAGGAACUUUAUGAGAACUUCAUCAAGCACAAUGCUAGCAAGAAUGUCUUCAGCACCUUCCGCACCCCUGCGGUGCUGUUCACAGGCAUUGUGGCUUUAUACAUAGCCUCGGCCUUUGCUCACUUUGUUGGUCUUGAGGCUGUGGCCCAGCUGUUCAACUGUAUGGUUGGACUGCUGUUAAUAGCGCUGCUCACCUGGGGUUAUAUCAGGUAUUCUGGUGAAUAUCGUGAGCUGGGUGGAGCUAUUGAUAACGGUGCAUCGUACGUAUUAGAGCAGGCUACUUCUUAUAUGUGUAAUUCCACUCAGGCGGCUUUGAGGGAUGCAAUUGUUGGGAAACAACCGGUGGAUAAAAAAGCUCAAUAACAUCUUAACGUGAGGAUCCAACAAGAACCUGACCAGCCCCCACUGAUUUCUGGGUUUCUGCCGUGGCCACAGGUCCGAUUCCAGAGGAAAUGGCAGAUGUGAGACCAUCCAGGAAGAGCUGAAACACGGACUGUAAUAAAUGAAACAGACCUCUCCUGUGGUUUCCACUUCUUAAACACACUUCCAUUUCUGCUGGAAGCAUUGCUUUCCUUGCUGAUGUAGACCCAAGCCUAUGUCUGUUUUCUUAAUGCUCUCUGCUUUGUGCACUUUAUGGGGAAAAAGUUAAAGGAGAAAAUGUAAUGUAGCUUUAAGUCCUUUAUGUGCCACUUAGUGCCUUUUAAGAUUGAAUCCAUGAUUGUGUGGACACGAUGGGGAAGGGAUGGAGGAUAACCUCAAGGAGGAUGCCAUUUUGAGGUGUAACUUACCAGUUCUUUUAUACCCUACUCUUUUGAGUAGGAUUCCUUUUUUUAAGGUUUACCAAACUUGCAAAAGCUUCAGAACUAAAGACUGGCAGAAAACAAUGCCAGUAUACUAUAAAAAUCUUAACUAUAUUAUCAGAAAAUCCUAUUUGCCAUAUAGUAUAGAAAAAUCACAUAUUUAAAUAUACCAUACUCUGAAGUUUAAGAUCUUUUACCUGACAGGCUGAAUAUUAUGUUGCAGCAUGCUCUGUUUUUUGCCUUCAUUCUUGUAGCUUCUUUCUAGAAAAGAGGGCAAACAGGCCUGUAAAAGCCAGAGUGGCUCAUAAUAAAAGGAGUGAGCUGGAUGUUUUGAGAAAAAAAGUCCGAUUUUAAAUGAACCACGUGACCUCUGAUAAGUCACUUGAACUUGUGCCUUGGUCAGAUUCGCUGUUUAUAGGUUUGUAUAUGUAUAUAGAUUAUACAUGACUUUCACACACAAUUGUCUUUUGAGAGUUCUGCAUAAGGACUUAUUAAGGAUUAGAGGAAAAACUUUACCAAAUAUUACUGCCUUUAAUUGAUGUCGUUAUUUCGUGUGGCAUAGCAGCAAUUCAGGUCUUUGUCCACAAUGUUUAUUUGCGUUCUCCUAUGCACUAUCUAAUAUAUUUUUAAUAAGGAAGCUGUAAUUAUCAACUUUAUUUAGUACAUCUUCCUUUAUUUAACUUUACUUGCCACUAGUCUGGUAGCUUUAAAAUAGCUUUGGCUUAGUAAGGACCAAAGUCCUACCCAAGUACAGACAACAUAUAGAAAUAUCUAAGAAUUCUUUUUUGUUUACCUUGAUUGUGUUACGAAAAAUUUUUAUUUGAUUGUCUUUUCCUUUGAUUUGUAAUGGUGAAUUAUUAUGGAUUUUAAAACUUCUUAAAACUAGCCCACAAGUAUUUAUGCAAACAUUCAGGUGUAUGAGCCUUAAUUUUUCAAGAUAAUUUAAUUUUUAUUGUGGGAGAGAGAUAGGAAGACCUAAUUAAAAUCUGAGUGUAAAUUUUAUACACAUGAAGUAUGAAUGGGAGGUAGGGGAAUUAGCACGUAAUUGCUUUAUCAAAGAAUUUUCUUUUGACCACUUUAACCUAUUACCUCAGAGGUGUUUUUAUAAGUCCUGAAUUAAUUCCAAGCAUUCUGUGUUUUUUUCCUUAUUUACCUACUACUUUGUCCUGAAGUUCAUGCUAUUUUAUUCACUUGGCCCAUUAAAUCUUAGCAAACUUUAGGCUUGUUCUAAGAACUGUUAAUUGCUUACCAAUGAUGCUAAGCUUUGACUGUUAAAUUGAAAGUUUGCUACUAAGAUUUUAUGCAUUUUCAGGUGGCCUCUCAUCUUACUAGUAGGCCUUAUAGGUGUUCAGAUACUUAGCUUUUUAAAUGUAUUUUACAAGCAAAUUUAUAGAUUUCAGAAUAAUUAACUGUCAAAAGCAGUCCUGCUUUUAUUGGUGAGAAAAGAUGAUAUGUCCAAAAUGCAUUCUAAUACUGAAGUAUUAAAAGUAUUAAUCUUUUUUUUAAAUAUGUGACAAUGUAUGAUUUAAUUAAAUCUUAGGAUUUAGUUACUGUUUAAUUUUACCAUUUCUCUUUUGGUCUUACAAAAGAGUGACCUUGGUUUAAUCACUCUGGGGAAGCCUUAUUUUUGUCUUUACCUGCCUCUGGAAACUGUUUAGAAAGUUACCACAGUAAGAGUUCUUAGGAACUUUCUUUGGCCUUUCUUCUCUCUUAACAAUAAAUUGAUGGUUUUAUACCAACUUUUUUUUUUUGUAAGAGAUGCAUUCUCAUUGCUGGCUAUGGUAGUCAUAGGGAUGUUUAUUGCCAGGUUGAAGAGAAUGUCUUUUACUUCUUAACUUCCCUCAGCCUUUAGUUUGUGGGUCAGGGACAUUUCUUAGGAGUGCAGAUGUGAGUGAUGGUUCAGUGUUUGUUGCUCUGCCACUCCUGGCUGGCCUUUCCACGCAGGUAUUUUUAAUUUGCACAUUCCUAACGAUAUAUGAAGCACAUUCCUAUUAAUGUGUAGAUGGAAGUCUCCAAAAUUUUCUAUUCAAAUAACUCAUUUCAGGGAAGUUAAAUGUUGCUAAGUUUUUUUUCCUUCUUCCAAUUAGCUUCUUACAGUAAAAAUAAUAGAAUCAAAGUGAUACUGAGAAAUCUUUCUAGUUUAGUUUGUAGAUAAAAUACGAGGACAAAACUAUCAGGUAUGAUCAUAAAACCAUCUUCAGAGUCAUACCUUAUUUUAGCAGUGUACUAAGAAAUCUGUUCCAUGGAGGUUUGUAUUAACACCAACUUUAUGUGUUGUCUGUUUGCCUGCAAAUGUUAAUUGUUUUACUUGUUCUCUUUUUUCUUACAUGAAAUAAAAUGCUUUGGGCAAACGAACAAACAAAAAACUGCCCUGCACUGGCAGUCUCUUUCUUCAGCAGAUCAUACCUAAUGUUCACAUGGAUUAUAAAAAUGGUGCCUUAGAUAGGGUGAGUUUGGAUAAGCAUAUACGCCAUAUGAGUUAUAGAGAAAUCAAGUAGGUCUUUUCAAGUCCAGGCAAGAGGUUUAUUUUUUCCUAGGGUUUUAUUUUUUAAACAGUGUAAUUUACAUGGAUGUUUUCGCAGAAUUAUUCUUGAAAUGUAAUUGAGAUGAUUUGACAUUUCCAUUUAAGGUAGCCAACGGUGGACUACAUCAUUUGGCUUACAUUUGGAUCCAACAGAAUUUUAGUCAAGGAAAAAGGACAUGAUGAAGACAAACUUCAGUUAUGAAAAUACAGACCAUUUAUGUGAUUUUUUUUUUAAUGACGUUAAGAAACCCAUUUAAAAGAAUUUGCAAUUGAAUAUUUUUUCUUAUGUAGUGAUGAAGUUAUAUUGUAACUAUGUUUUGGGUAGUGGUUCUCAUCUACCUUGGAGUACAUAAAACUUCCUAACAGGUUUGUUUAAAAAUUCAUAUUCCCAUCUUGAUACCCAGGGAUUGCCUCAGUCGGUCUGGGCUGUGGCUCUGGAAUCACUGUUUUUAUAAACAGGUUGUUGAGAGACCACAGUGAGAGAAACUGCUCCAUGGGAUGGGAAGUACCAAUGAGAAGGUGCAAUUCACCGUUGUCUGGGAAUAAGUGGACAGCUUUUACCUGAGGUACAGAACCGGUGAUCUAUUGCCAGAUACAAUCCCUGAGAGUUUACUAUGUUCAGGUUAAUAAGGAUGCUUUAUAAUCCAGAGGAUUGUAUAAGCUCCUCAAAGCUGUUUUUCUAAAUUAAGAUGUCAUAGUGCCUUCUCUGAAACCUGAUGUACAAGUAUCCUAUUUACUAAUAGAUGUAAUUAAAAUAAAAAAAAAAAUUUGAUAGCCAUUUUUCCUUUUAAAAAGCAAAAUUCAGCACUGUGACUUGAAUUCCUAAAUCUCUCACACACAUACAUAAAACUUUAAACCACAAAUAAAGAUAAUGAACAAGAAAGAAUGACAGGAUCAUAACUUUGAUAAUUAAGGACAAAAGUACCCCAUAUCAUAAACUU